UGCUCGCGUCUGCGCCUGGGGACGGCGGUGGCGGUCAGUGAAGCCUGGAAGCAUGGCGGGCCGCAGAGCUGCCAUCAAGGCCAUUGACUGGGCGGCCUUCGCCGAGAGGGUGCCCCCGAACCAGAAGGCUAUGUUCAAUGCCCUGAAGACCCGCAACGAUGCGCUGUCAGCCCGGCUGGCCGCCCUGCCAGAGAAACCCCCAGCCAUCGACUGGGCUCACUACAAGGCUGUUGUUGCUAAAGCUGGCAUGGUGGAUGAGUUUCAGAAGAAGUUCAGUGCACUAAAGGUUCCUGAGCCAGUGGAUACACAAACUGCCAAAAUUGAUGCCCAAGAGCAGGAAGCUGCAAAGAGCACUGCUGAAUACGUGCAGGCUUCCAAAGCUCGUAUUGCCCAGUAUGAGCAACAACUUCAGAAGCUCAGAAGCAUGAUUCCCUUUGAACAGAUGACAUUUGAAGACUUGCAUGAAGCCUUCCCUGAAACCAAACUGGACAAGGAGAAAUACCCGUACUGGCCCCACAAACCGAUUGCUGAUCUGUAAACUUGUCUGGAAGCAGUUUGUCUAACGACUGUCAGGCUCUAUGAUCUUUUAAAUAAAGUGCUUUCCCUCCUG